CGAAUCGCCACUAUUAGUUCUUUCUUACACAACAGCCUGCUUCCGAAUGAUGACUUGUCUUUUGACCGGUCAGGACGCCAUCGGCUGGUGAUCCGGUCCGAUAACAUGGGCUGACUAUUGAUCAAGCCUCCAGCGUGGCAGAGCUGAAUAGGCUGGGGAAAGCCACCGCAUACACCCGUACACCGGUGUCAUAUAGGAUGCUACCUCCGUCGUCACAUGGAGCCUUCUCGGUAAUCUUAGACGCCACCAACAACGUGGGGGAUGCGAUGGCCUUUGUGUAGGUUGUUUAAAGAAUCAUUCUCGUUGCAGUGUUGCUUCCCGAAACUGUGCGCCCCUUCGACAAGUCGGGCAUCGAACUUCCAGGGCGGACAACCCACGCAAAUCAGAAUGCCAAAAUUUCAGAGAGCAGGAAAGGGUGUCCAGAUUACAGCCAUAGAUUUGAUCUUGGAGAAACGUGGAACACAGAACAAUGACUCCGCUAAGACGGGCCUGAUCAUCUUCGGUGUUCUUCUUGCCCUUGGUCUCAUAUUCCUGGUCUGGUUUGGUUGCUUCUACUUGGGUACAGACCGGGGUCCUGGUCCAUCUCAGCGCGUUAAAAGAGGACCCAAAGGCGACCCAGGCGACCAAGGCGAACGAGGCGAACGAGGCCCUAUUGGACCUAUUGGCCCUGCUGGCCCUGCUGGCCCGCGAGGGGAGCGAGGGGAGCGAGGAGAGCGAGGAUUUCAGGGGCGGUGGGGAUGGCCAGGGCCACCAGGGCCACCAGGACCAACUGGGCCAGAAGGGCCAGCUGGAAAAGAUGGCGCAAACGGUCAAGACGGCGCAGCUGGACCUCCUGGCCCGCCAGGAGAGCAAGGCCUCCCGGGGUUACAUGGAUAUCCAGGGCCACCUGGGCGAGACGGAUCACGAGGACCGCCGGGAUCACGAGGACCUCCGGGAUCACGAGGACCUCCGGGAUCACGAGGACUGCCAGGAGAGCGCGGCUGUCCAGGGCGGCAAGGGUCUAGAGGUAGAACGGGUGAGAGGGGCAGAUCUGGGCAAAGAGGACUGUCGGGUCAGAGAGGACCACAAGGGCCGCCUGGUACACCGUGUAGGCAUAUCCGUCACGCUUCGCCGCGGCCUGAUUAUUGCCAGUGUCGCCGGCCUCAGCCGAGCUACUAUCCUGAGCCAUGCUGCGGACGUCCAGGCUGCGGGCGUCCGAGAAACAACAACCUGAUCGUCAAUCAAGGUUAGCCUGAGGACGGAAGCGUACUAUUACCAGCCAAUGGCCCAUUGUGGUGGUGUAUGAGAGUAUGAGAGAUCGCGAGGGUACUUAGCCAAGCUUGCUCCCACCCAGGUGCC